GGAAGAAUAGGUAAUAAGAGGAAUAGAAGUUAAUAAAUGAAAUGAAAGAGAGAGAAAGUAAGUGAUAGAGAAUGGCGAGCAACGCCGGCACAGGCAGCCUGGCGCCGGGGCUAUCCCGGAAGCUGAAGAAGGUGUUGGAGUCGACAAGGACAGACUCUCCGGAUCUAGUGUCUUCUCUCAACACUCUCUCCACCUUCUACGGCGACAACACCCCUCAGUCCCGCCGCAACCUUAGAUCCACCAUCGAGAAGCGCUCGCUCUCCAUCAAUCUCGAUUUCAUUGGAGCUUCCCAUGCGGCUCUGAACGCCUUGGAUCGGGUGGAGCUGGAGGUCCACGCCCUUGCCGAUUGCUGCGACAGGAUCGCCAAGGCCCUAAGCACUUGCAGCGCCACCACCGGCGACAUCAUCAACACCACCGAGAGGCUCAAGCAAGAGCUCGAAAUCACCACUCAGAGGCAGGACAUUGUCUCCUGCUUCCUUCGUGAUUAUCAACUUUCCGUUGAUGAGAUUAAUGCUCUGCGGGAUGAAGACCUCAACGAAAAUUUUUUCAACGCGCUUUCUCACGUUCAGGAAAUUCAUGCCAAUUGCAAAUUACUCUUGAGGACGCAUCACCAGCGUGCAGGUCUUGAGCUGAUGGAUAUGAUGGCUGUGUACCAGGAGGGAGCUUAUGAGCGUCUCUGCAGGUGGGUUCAAGCAGAAUGCAGAAAAUUGGGUGAUACUGAUAAUCCUGAAGUUAGUGAACUUUUGAAAACAGCAGUUCGCUGCCUCAAGGAACGACCUGUCCUCUUCAAGUAUUGUGCAGAAGAGGUAGCAAAUAUGAGGCAUAAUGCACUAUUUAGAAGGUUUAUCAGUGCUCUCACACGUGGUGGACCUGGUGGUAUGCCUCGACCUAUUGAAGUUCAUGCUCAUGAUCCCUUACGAUAUGUUGGGGACAUGCUUGGGUGGUUACAUCAGGCCUUGGCAUCUGAACGGGAAUUUGUCCUUGUCUUACUAGAUCCAGAUGCAGUGAUGGAUACUAGACCAACUGAAGAACAAUUAUCGAAGAGCUUGGAGAGUGAUCCUUUAAGGGCUGGAUCUGACUUGACAUUUGUUUUAGAUAGAAUUUUUGAAGGAGUUUGCCGGCCUUUCAAAGUGAGAGUCGAGCAAGUUCUUCAUUCUCAGCCUAGUCUUAUAAUAUCUUAUAAACUCAGUAACACCUUGGAGUUUUACAGCUAUACUAUAUCAGAUUUACUUGGGAGAGAAACAUACUUGUCUAAUACACUUUGGAUGCUCAAGGAUGCUGCUCAUAAGACAUUUUUUGAUAUUCUGAAAAGCCGAGGAGAAAAGCUUUUACGUUAUCCUCCCAUUGUUGCUGUCGAUCUUUCUCCACCUCCGGCUGUAAGGGAAGGAGUCUCUUUACUGCUUGAAAUAAUUGGGACCCAUAAUAGCAUGAUGGUUCCUGCUUCUGGAAAAAGGCCUGAUUUUGAUCCUGUUAUAUCUGCUUUACUCAACCCUAUUAUUCAGAUGUGUGAGCAAGCAGCUGAGGCACACAAGUCCAAGGGAGUUGUUCACUCAUCAGGAAGAAGUAGAACUAAUUCUGACUCAGGUCAAAUGACUAAAUCGUCGGUGGAUGCACUAUUGUCUAACAGCAGUUCUGCCCCAUUCUCUCAGAAUGUUGAAACGCCAUCCAAGAUUUUCCUCAUCAAUUGUUUGUGUGCCAUCCAACAACCAUUGUUUGGGCAUGAGGUUGCAGCUGAGUACGUGAAGAACCUUGGAGUGAUGAUAGAUAACCAUAUACGCCUCCUUGUAGAGAAGGAAGUUGAUGGCAUCCUAAGAAAGUGCGGCUUAUUGCAGAAGAUGCAUCACUUUCGUAAUUCACUCAGCAAUGAUGCUGGUAAUAACAUUGUUGGGGCCCCGCUGGUUGAGAUAGAGGACACAUCUCCAGGUUCCCUUUCAGACUGUUUGAAGGCGUUCUUUGGGCUUAUAUUGGGAAGUGAGAGUUCUCUGCCAGAAUUUGAGCAGAUGCAAGUUCCAAAGUUGCGUUCUGAAGCUUCAAUCCAGGUAGCCAGGUCACUGGCUGAAGUGUAUGAGCUUAUAUACGAGGCUAUUAUGGAUCCCAAGAAUGGUUAUCCAGAUCCUAAAUCACUGGUAAGGCAUCCUCCAGACCAGAUAAGGACCAUCUUAGGUAUUUGAUCAGGCUUUGUUAUUUCAAGAAAAUCUGAAUUUUUUAUUUUUAUUUUUCCGGAUUGAUACGUUUUUCCAUUCAAAUAACAAGUUGUAUAGCCUAUUUGGAAAUACGCCGAUAAUUCUGGCCUCGGGUACAAUUACAAAUAACUUCCCCUCCUUACAUUUGUUUCAUCCGCAGUUCAAUCGUAAAUCGGGUGAUGAGCAGGUGUUAGAUUUGGGUUUGAGCC